AUGGCUCUCCCCACCGCCUCUACAUCGACAAGGGCGCCCGCUGGGCAGUCUGGCAGUGGUCUGAGUGCUCAAAUUCGGGAGGCAAAGGGUCUCGCGCUCGAGCUCAAGUCGCUACUAAAGCGCAAGGAACCCUGGGAUCGAGAUCUCGAGUUUCAGCGAGAGUCAACCCGCAAAGCCUACCUUAGGAUAAUCUUCUCGCCCUCGCCCCCGACCACUUCGGCGUCCCCUACACUCGCCCGCGCCACGCGACCAUCGUCGACUGCGGACCUCUCCCUGAAACCUCGCUCGUCGUCCUCGGCAGCUCUCACGCCCGCUGCAUUGCACACAUCGCGCAUCCUCGAUACCCUCAACCUUCUCUGGCUCGACACGUCUCACUCCCUCAUCCAGUCCUACCGCGCCCGCCUCGCAGACCUCGACAAGCAACUCGCGCUUGAGAAGGAAAAGUCGAAGCGUGGCCGCUCGAAUGCGCAACAAGGCGGAGGAGGCGCAAUCCAGCCCGUUGGACCUGUCGCGAGGCGCAAGCUCGUCCACUCGUUCAGGCAGUUCCUGGCGAAGGAAAUCGAGUUCUGGAAGACCUUGUGCGGGCGAUUUGCGGGGAGGCUCGGCGACGAAGAGCGCGAAGAGCUGCGGCGUGCGGUUGGCAUUGUCGCUUCCUUCGUCGACGAGAACGCGGACGCGGACACCGAAGACGCCGAGGCGCAGAAGGCGAAGAGGACCGCCGUCCUCCCACUCGCGCACAAGGCGCUGAUCUGUCUGGGCGACCUCGAGCGCUACAACGAGCUCUACAACGACUCGUCCCCGCCGACUGCAGCGGCUGGCGCACGGGGCGGUAAGCGAGGUGGAAAGGCAGGCGCCGGAUCAGGAGAACGCAAGAUCAAGACGUAUGCGAGGGCGGCAGAAUGCUACAACCAGGCUCGCCUACUCCUACCCGAUAACGGCAACCCCUCGAACCAACUCGCCGUCCUCUCGCAAUACGCUUCCGACCCGCUCGCGUCCAUCUACCACUACUACCGCGCCAUCUGUGUCCGCUCGAUGCCGUUCGCGACCGCUCGCGCAAACUUGCAGAUCACCUUCAAGAAGGCUGUUGCGAGGUGGGCGGAGAACGGGUCGGGCGAGGGGGACGAGGCGGAGCGGUUCAAGACGUUGUUUGUUGCGCUGCAGGGCGUCUUCUUCACGAAGGAGCGACUGCCCGACAUUCAGCGCCUCACGACCGCAACGACCGACCUCUUCCGCAUCGUCAUCGCUGAACGCCUCUUCACCUCUGACGUCGUCCUCAGGAUCAUCGUCACCUCGCUCGCGGCGCUCUGGGACGCUCGCAUGUCGCGCUCGGGAUCGACAGCUUUGUCUCGCAACGGUACCAAGAACGGCUCGAAGGCUCUCCUCGAUCCCGCAGCUGGCGAAAAGGAUAGCAAGGACGCCUCGACCACGACGCCGAAGGUCAACCUUGAACCGCACAUCCUCGUCCACCUCUUCUCGCUCUUCACCGUCCUGCUCUCCGUUUCAACAGCCGAAACCCUCGAGCUCGUCAGCGCGAACCAGACCUCGCCCGAUGCGCCUCCGCCUCCUGCGUCGCAGAACAUCAGCGCCGUCCUCCGACGAGCUCUCCCGUCCAUUCGUAUCCUGAACCGAUGGCUCGUCGCGCAGGUCGAGUACGUCGGGCGGGUCGAAGCGAGGGUCGAGGCGAGCGAGCGACGACGAGCGCGGACGAGUACCUCCACAGCCGGUGGCGGCGCAAUCGAAGAGGCGCAGAACCCGUCGCUCGACUCGUCCGGCGCCAACUCGACUCCGUCCGGCACGAACCCGCUCCGACGCGUCUCGCUCGUCGAGUUCCGCACAGCCCUCGACGACUUCUGGACCGCCUACUCCGACUUCUCCAACACUCUCAUGCUUGCCUUCCCGGCGUCGGAGCUGCCGACGCUCGAUGAUGGCGCCUGGCUCGAGGAGGACGUCGAGCUGCUCGGCUUCGCGGCUGUCAAGUCCCGUGCCGGUGCCUCUGCAGCGGACAGCUCGGCGAAAGAGAUCAGGCGCGUGGGGAGGGAUGUCCACCCGAACGACGAACAGCUCAUGCGUGUCGCCGAGUCUCAGCGGGAUGCUGCACGACUGGCAGCGUCGGACGCCUCGCGCAUCGAGAUUGUCGACGGCGCAUUCGUCUUUGUACCGCGAUUGCAGGAACUCGUUGUCGACGCUGCAGACGACGUCGAGGAAGACGAGGAGAUGGCUGAUGCGGAGGAGGCGACCGAGGACGAUCCGGUCGACAGGGCGAUGAGGGUAGUCGCGGCGGCUGAGGACGGCUUGAGUGAUCUCGACGACGAGGACGACGACGACGAGGCGGAGGAGCAGGUCGUCUACCCGGGUAACAGAUCAGGCUCGCUUCCGCCAACCAACUUCUCCUCGCCUAACCUCUCGCGCUCAUCCUCGCACUACGGCUCGCCUGCCGGUCCUCCACCUCGCACAGCCGCCGACUUGCGCCAGCAGAUCUUCGCCUCCGCCGCUCCCGUCGACCCCCUAACCCGCCCCGACCUCCGCCCCUCUCGCUCGACCGGCGCAGCCCUCCCCGCUCCUCCUCACGCCUCGACGAGCCUCGCAGGCGGCGCAGGACCGUCCAUCUGGGCCCCUGCGACCGGCCACCCCGCCGCCUCUCUCCUCUCUACCUCCUCCUCCUCACACCUCUCCUCUCCUCACGCUCAACCCGUCACAGCCCACUCGUUCGAAGCGAUCCCGAACCUCACGCACGGGAGCCCCGCAGCGAAACAAGCUGGGUGGUCGGCUCUGCCUCCUGCUUCCGCUGGGCCGGCGGGACUUGCGGGAGCGGGACUGUAUGGAGGAGCGUUUGCUGCGCCGCCGCUUCCCAGAGUGCAUACGGGACCCGCUCAACCCGCUCAUCCCGCUCACCACUCGCCCAGCUUCGUCCCCUCCCCUCCGCACGCCCACCCGCACCCGCAUACGCCCCUCUCAACACCUUUCGCCGGCCUCGCACCUCACCACCACGCGGCGUUCGCGCCCCUCCCGACGGCUGGGCAGACGCAGAACCCGUUUGCGCCGGGUUUCGUGAGUGGUGGGUGGCCGGCGCCUGGCGGUGCGGGCGGUGGGAGGGGAAAUGGGUGA